AUGCGCUAACAACAAUAAUUACCAAGGCUAUCAGAGGAUGAUUAAUUUCCAGGUCGUUUGCAUACACAAUCUCGAAAACUUAAAUUUGGAAGUAUACAACUCAAUAAUAUGUGAAAUUUAGCAACUGAUAACUUCAAUAAGAAAUCAAAAAAGUAGAGUCCUAUGGCCGAGUCUUAAUUCAUUAAGCAAAUAGAUAAUAAAUUAGAGCAAUACAAUAAGGAUAUUGAGCAACGCAAUGAUAUGAUUUUUACUAUUGAAAAAGGGUUUGAAUCUGUGAGACAAGAGUUAAUUAAAGAGAAAAUAUUGAAUGAAGAAUAAACUAAACAAUUAUAGGACUUGGGACAACAAUAUCAGGCUGCUCAAUCCAAACUCAAAUCCAUCCAUGAAUCCAAUAAAAAUAUUGGACAAUAAGGGUAGGAUAAGGAUAGAGACAAAAUCCAGCAAUUAGAAACCGUUUAAAAGGCUAUUCAAGCAAAAGAACAUUAAUUAAACUAAACUAUAGAUUCACUCAAUGCCUAAUUGAAUGAUAUUACUCAUAAAAUAAAAACUAAAGAAGAUUUACCAGACGACUCUAAAAAAUUGAAAGACUCAAUAAAAAAAAGUGAAGUAACAUAUAAUAAUUAUAUAUUUCAAAGGAGAAAAAAUAUAAAUCACAAGCUAUAAUGGACGAACUGAAAAAGAAUUUAGAAUCAAUAUCUGCUGAAAAGUUAUUAAUAAAAAAUUAAAUGGAUCAAUACAAAAAGGAGUUCCUUGCAAAGGAGGAAUGUUUAUCAUAAGAAUUUAACAAUAAUUAGAGUAAGGUCAAGGAAUUGCAAAAGGAGAAGAAUCAAUUGCAAGAAUAAGCUAAAAAGUCACCUCUUAAUAUUUAGGAUUAGAAUACUAAAUUAUAAGAAGGAAUAAAUUAAUUGAAAUAACAAUUGGCUGAGCAAAAUAAAACUAAAGAUGUAAUUAUUUAUUUUAAUCGAAGAAAGAAGUAAAUUAGUGGAAAGUAAAUCUUGAUGUGUAAAUAAAAAACUUUGAUUAAUUAACACAUCAAAUAGAAGAAUAUAAAUAAAAAAUAGAAACAUCCUCUAAGACCUUAAAUGAUAAAACCAAUUCUGUUGAAUAAAUUACAAAAUCAAUUGGAGAAGUAGAAAAAAAACUUCGGGAUUAGUAAACAGAAAUUAAAUUACUAAAUUAAAAGCUUGAAGAAUGCAAUAAGAAAUUAGGAGAUACAAAACCAAAGAACAUGACAUAAGUAAUUGAAACCAUAUCCAUCUUGGAGAAGACUCAUGUAUUAUAUGAUAGCUAUAUUCUAUAGAAAGAAAUUUAAAAAGGCCUUGCCUGCACUUUCUGCAAUAAAUUCAUCAAAUAACCUGUUACUAUUAUACCAUGUGGUCAUUCCUAUUGUUUUGAAUGCAAAAAGGGAUACCAGAAAGAAUGUUAUAAAUGUGGGCCUAAAUUGAAAAUUGAAGCGAUGUAUAGAAAUGAAUUAUUGGAUGAUAUAAUUGAGAUGGUGAAAUUAGUAGAGCAGAGCAUAUUGAAUAUGAAAUAAAUUACUUAAAAUUAAUGA